AUGGGUUUAAGGAAUUGGGAGAUAUUUCAAAAAAUUGGUAAAUUAUAUCUUAAGAGUUUAACCGGAGUUUCCAAAGAUUAUAAAGCUACUAAUAGGUCAUCAAUAUAUCUCAGAAGGCAAAUGGCUACUUUCAAUAAUGUUUGGAAUGACAAGAAGAGAAAAAUAUCGUCAGAUGAUUUAAAUGACUUACUUUCGGAUACUGGAGAUUGGGAAGUUACUGAUAAUUUAGUACCAAAAAGAGAAGACCCCAUUGCAAGGAAGAAUAUUGUUACCGCUACUGGUGAUAGCAAAAAUAGUAAAAAAUUGCAAAAACUAAAAUCAAAUAUUUCUUCAGAUGAUUAUGAUGAUGAUUUACUGAUUUUGAAAAUGUUUGGGAAACAAAAUAAUAAGAAAUUAACUGGCGGUAACAUUGUUUCUUCCAACCAUAUUCAAAACCCUCCGCAACAACUUAACUCAAGCUUUUCAGGCCUAUUUGAUAAAACUGAAGUAGCGAAAAGUACCCAAAUUAUAAACAAAACUCCCAAAUUAUUAGAUUUAAAAAAGGAGGAAGAUGCCUUAAAGGCAAUCGAUUUUACAGAUAUCGAUAUAGUAAGUGAUUUUAGAGAAUCUUCUUCUUCUUCCUCAUUCUCAUCUCCAAAGCCCAAUAUUCCUCCGGUAAUUGUUAUAGAAGAAGAAGGCCCAUUAUUUAUACAAAGCCAAUUGGAGGCAGAUGCCAAAAUGAUAGAGCAUAUAUCUGAAAUUGAUAAAAAAGAAGCCUUACUCAAGAACUCGGAAGAUAUUCCAAUUAAAAAUGCAAUUUCCACGGCAAAAGAUUCAACAGGAUUAAGAAAUAUUAACGUAGAAAGAACGGAAAUUCCAGAUUCUGAUAUCUUGGAAAGCAGUGUCAUAAUUACAAAAUCUGAAACUAAAAAAAAUGUUAAAGAGGACAUACCAAAUCAAAAUGUAACAGCAACAGUAUAUGGAGAAAAGUUUAGGUUUCUCACACAACGACCAGGGUAUGCUGACAUUGAUGACGAAACAAAGAAGUUGAAUUUACCAGAACGAACAAAAGUUAAAAUUCCUAUUAGAUUAAGUAAAGAACAAGAGGAUAUCAUUAAGCUAGCGGAAAAAGGGUUCAAUAUCUUUUACACAGGUAGUGCUGGUACUGGUAAAUCUGUACUUUUACGUGAAAUGAUAAAAGCAUUAAGAAACAAGUAUGGUCACGAGAAAGUAGCUGUUACUGCCUCCACUGGGUUGGCGGCUUGUAAUAUCGGUGGUAUUACUGUACAUUCCUUUGCCGGGAUUGGGCUAGGGAAUGGUGAUACAAAUAAUCUUUAUAAGAAAGUUCGUAGAUCCAGAAAACACUUAAAUAGGUGGCAGAAAAUAAAGGUCUUAGUUGUGGAUGAAAUAUCGAUGUUAAAUGGCGAACUCCUGGACAAAUUAGAUGUGAUUGCUCAAAAAAUAAGAAGGAGUAAACGUGCAUUUGGUAAUAUUCAGUUAAUAUUUUGCGGUGAUUUCUUUCAGCUACCUCCUGUAUCAAAGAAUACUGAUAAUCCUAGUACAUUUGCGUUUGAAUCACGCUUAUGGAAAGAUGGUAUCGAUGUCACAAUUAUGUUGCAGAAGGUAUUUAGACAGGAGGGUGAUUCAAAAUUUAUUGACAUGUUAAAUAAAAUGAGAUUAGGAGAAAUUGAUAUCGAGACUGAAACUGAAUUUAAGAAGUUAUCGAGGGAAUUAGAAAAGGAUGAAAUUAUACCUGCGGAACUAUAUAGCACACGUUAUGAGGUGGAAAAAGCUAAUAAUUCAAGAUUAGCCAAACUUCCUGGGGCAACAAUGAAAUACCAUGCAAUUGAUGGUGGAUCUUUGGAGGAUACUGAGUUAAAAGAAAGGUUGCUUCAAAAUUUCCUUGCUCCUAAAGAGUUAAAGUUAAAAAUUGGCGCCCAAGUCAUGAUGAUCAAAAAUAUCGAUGCUACUUUGGUAAAUGGAUCCCUAGGGAAAGUUAUUGACUUUAUGGAUCCCGAAACAUAUAUGUUUUACGAAAUAAUUGUAAGGAAUCCAACAUUGGAUGUUGAUGAGUUAGAAACCUUAAAGAAAGAUCCAUCUUUAUUAAAAGAAGCAUGGAAGUCUGAGAGCGAUGAUGAAGAAAAUGGUACAGCAGUAAGAAACAAGUUGGUAAAAGAAGCUUUUUGCAAAACAGAAGAAGAUUAUAAAAUAUCUAGUUUAGGGGUUAACAUAUUCGAUUUUUUAUCAAAUGUUAGUGGUGACAGUACCGAAAUUAUUGACAAUAUCAACAGGAAGAAGAAUUUACUACAAGAAAUUCAUAAAUCUUCUACUGGAAAAAGGAAACUUCCUCUUGUUAGAUUCAAGAAUUCUGAUAUGUCUUCUAGAACUGUUUUGGUUGAACCUGAAGAUUGGUCUAUCGAAGAUGAGAAUGAAAAACCUAUUGUAUCAAGAAUCCAAUUACCGCUAAUGCUAGCUUGGUCCUUAUCGAUCCAUAAAUCUCAAGGUCAGACAUUACCUAAAGUGAAGGUUGAUUUAAAGAAUGUAUUUGAAAAGGGUCAAGCAUACGUUGCUUUGUCGAGAGCGGUUUCUAGAGAUGGAUUACAGGUUUUAAAUUUCGAUAGAAGUAGAAUCCAGGCUCAUGAAAAGGUUCUUGACUUUUACAACACAUUAUUAAGUGCUGACGACGCAUUAAAGAAGUUGAAUAACAAGGAUAAAACAGAUGAUGACAAUUAUACUGUUGGGGGAAAUAAAGGAUCAAAUAGAUUUGCUCCUAAAUAUGAUUACGAAAAGGUAAACAAUGAAUCCGGAGAUGCACGUUAUAGAAUUGGAAAAGGUAUUACAGCAAUGCUUGCUGCUAAUAAACGGAAAAACUUUAUUGAAAAGGAUAAUAAUUUUUAA